ACAGCCUCUGGCUGGUUUUACUCAACUCCUGUCCUGAUAUCACUCCGCUGGCAUGGUGGAGAAGCUGACUUGAUUAUUGUGAUGGUGGCAGGCGUCAGCCAGUGACUACACACUUCCGCCACUGCUUCCCAUAUUCACAUUUUACGCCGUCUGGACUCUUGAUGCCUCACAACAGAACCAAGCGACAUCCUUACCGGGAUUCCUUUCAAACCAGUAACCAUAUGACAUGCAAGUUGAGUUGGAAACUCCGGAACCCGUUAGGUCCAAGCUGCAAAACUUUUUCUCUAAGGACAAGACCGUAAAGCGGCGAGUGGACUGUUGCUGCUCAGCGGGACUGCUGGUGUGUGUUUGAACACCGGCUGCCCGUGUUCACACCGCCGCUUUCCAGUGGAGUUGUUGUGAGUGGCGGAGAGACGCUUCAUUGUCAAAGCCUCUCAUGUUGGAUCCUAUUUGUCUUCUCGGGAGCUGUUUGUUUUGAAACUGUGUGAAGGAGGGAAGAAGACGAGGUCACUCGCGAGCUCUCGGCCGUACGAGCGCAAGAUUCGCUGCCCUUUAAAGCCCCUAGUUGUCGCCCACUUGAGGGGCUGUUGCCGGUUUGACCUCCGCUGGCCGGCUCCUUGGCACCCAUCGCCGCGGAGCGCAUAGAGGGGGGGUAACAGUAGUGGAGGUGGAGGAAGGGGCGGCGGUGAAGACAGACUGGACGUUGGAGAAAAGUUCCUUCAAAAUAGCAGCCACUCGGCCCAGUGAUGGGGGACUUCGCCUCCCCCGCUGCCGGACCCAACGGCAGUAUCUGCAUCAACAACAGCAUGAACCCGGCCGCCGGGAACAUGGUGCCUGCCGGGGCUGUGGGCAUACCUAAACACAGCACGGUCGUGGAGAGGCUGAGGCAGCGGAUCGAGGGCUGCCGGAGACACCACGUCAACUGCGAGAACAGGUACCAGCAAGCCCACGCCGAGCAGCUGGAGAUCGAGCGCAGGGAGACGGUCAGCCUGUACCAACGGAGUCUGGAGCAAAGGGCCAAGAAGUCGGCCAGCGGGAGCGGCGGCAGUAAGCAGCCGCAGAUUAAACAGCCGGCGGACCCAGACUCGGCCGCUUCCACGGAACAGAGGAAUAACACGCUUAUAGCGCUCCAGGAGACGGUGAAAAGGAAACUGGACAGCGCAAGAUCGCCCCUCAAUGGAGACCAGAAUGGCAUCUGCGAUGGUGGCAGCUACUCUCCGACUAGCAAGCGAUUACGAAAGGAGGCCUCUGGUGGCUUAGACUCACUAACAGGUUUUCCGAACAAUAAUAACAACAACCUUCCACCAAUUUCUCCACUGCACCACCAAUUAGAUAUCAAGCCCUUACUUAGCGGUCCCAACACUUCCACUGGAAACAGCACAAACAGCAACGGUAAUCAUGUCGGGCGGCCAGCAGAUGAGCUGGGGAAGAACGGUGGCAGUCAUCUUUCAGACAUGAAGAUGAAUGGCUCACUUGACUUGGAGGACAGCUUCAGCCUCCUCAAAGACCUGAAACAGGAACCGCUGGAUGACGGAGGUGGAAUAGAGUCUUCGGAUCCCCAAUCACUGUCUAAUCAGAACAAGCUAUUCUCUGACAUUAACCUCAAUGAUCAAGAGUGGCAGGAGCUGAUCGAUGAGUUGGCCAACACAGUUCCGGAGGAUGACAUGCACGACCUCUUCAAUGAAGACUUUGAAGACAAAAAAGAGGGCGAUUUUAGUCGACCGGCAAACAAUCAGACUCCAGGCCCACAGGAAGCGGGUGCGAAUACGACAGCACCUGUAGGGGGCGCCGUGCCACCGACAUCCCUUCCUCCCCCUGCUCAGCCUCCGCAGGGUGGUCCACAGGUGCCUAUGGGCUCACCACAGGUUCGACCAUCAUCAUCAGGCCCGCAGUUUGCGACGACUGCCAACGGAACACCUCCUCAGCAACCUUUGCAGCAGUCGCCUGCCGUUGCGAUGGCGUCAGGGUCCCCAUUACAUAACUGCGUGGCUCGCUCUCCUCAGACCCCGACCCAGGCUCAGACGCAAGCGGUUUCACGGCCUGGCAAUGGCUACAUGAUGAACCCUGGCCCAGGUGUUAGUCAAACAAGCACCGGACAAACGGGACCUGGGGUCGCUCCAGGUCAGCCAGUAGGACCAGUAACACCUGAACUUUCCCAUGCAGAGCAACUAAAAGCAAUGGCUGCCCAGCAGCGUGCUAAACUGUUGCAACAGAAGCAACAGCAGCAACAAGCAGCAAACUGGUCACCAGCAGGUCCACCAACCAGUCCCUACAAUGCUGGACCCUUUAACCAAGAUAAACCCAAUAGCCCCAUGAUGUAUCCACCGCAAGCCUUUAACACAGCGCAGGCCCCUCUAGUGGCUGGAAUGGCCCCCAACAACGGGCCCAAAGCUCCUAUGAACAACUACCUCCCUCACAAUCACAUGAGCUUGAUGGGCCAGCAACAGCAGAACAGUAUCGCCCAGAACACCCUGACCAAACAACAACAGCAGCAACAGCAGCAGCAGCAACAGCAGCAGCAGCAAACAGCAGCCAUUUUGUCAUAUAACAACACCAAGCCACUGAGUCACUUCAGCGGCAGUGGGGUUGAUCACAGGAUGACCCCACCCAUGGGAGGCAGCAGCCAGGUCAAGAACCCUAUGAUGCCUCCUUACAUGGCCGGUGGAGGCCAAGGCGCCGGGCCAGGACAAACCCAAGGGCCUAUUCCGGGCCAAACAGCCCAUCUGAGUGAGGAGCAGAAGAGAAUGUUGUUGAUGAAGCAGAAAGUGUUGAACCAGAACAUCCCCUACAACAACAUGCAGCCUCAUGGACAGGAGCAAGGUGUAGUGGGUAUGUCCCGACCUCCUGGCGCCAUCCCACCUCCACACCCUGCCGGCGGCGUGGCCUCAGGAGUGGGGCCUAACCAGGGGUCAGGUCCACCUCCAGGCUAUGCGGGAAACCAGCAGCAGGCAGCCAUGAUGAAACAGAUGAUGGCGAUGGAGCAGGAGAAGAGGGUACAGAUGCACAUGAUGGAGCAGCAGAAGCAGCAGCUCUUCAGAGAGCAGAGGCAGCAGCAGCAUCAGCAACUCCUGGCCGAACAGCUCCAACAGCAGCAUCUCCCAAGACAGAUGGGCCAAGGCCAGAGGAAUCCCUUCCCUCAAGUCAGUCAGUAUCAAGGUCCUCCUCAAGAUCUGGCAUCUAGGAGCCAAGCUCUCCAGAGCAUUCGGGCUGCACGGCUUCUCCAACAGCAGCAGCAGAACCAGCAGCAGAUGGUCCAGAUGAGCUCUGUCCAGGGCCAGGGGAGCUCCGUAGGACCCCAAGCUGACAUGGGCCUACCCUACAGCACCCAAGGGUCUAACCAAGGUUCCCUCUACGGGCUCAACCCUUCCAGGAGCCAAAUGAUCCACCAGCAACAGCACCAGGGCCAAAGUGUGCAAGCUUCCCUCGGUCUUCCGCAGCAGCACAACCCAGUUGGAGGGCAAAACCGGCAGGCGGGUGCAGGUCCUGGAGUUGGAGGUAUGCCCGGAGCAGGUGGCACCGGAGGCUAUGGAGGACAAGGGAUGUUGAUGAAUCCCAUGGCCCAGCAACCCCUCAAAGGCCCAACUAAUGCCAAAGCCCAAGCACAAAGACUACAAAGUAUGCUGGGAGCGGGCGGCGGUGGCGGCCACAUGGCCGGGGGAGGCUGGCCACAGCAACAAGGACAAAGUCUACAAGGCAUGGGAAGGACUACAGGAGCAGGAGGGGAUAGGGUCGGGUUUGGCUCCGCCCAGGGCUACGGAAUGCAGCCAGGUCAACCUCCACGAGUGGCCAAGCAACAUUUUCAGGGGCCGGGCCAAGGGAUGGCCCAGGGGAUGGACCCCAGGGUGGGCAACCCGGCAGCGGGUAUGGGUGGCCCAAUGGGUGCUCACAUGGGCGGUCAGCCAAGGACCAACCAGUCCCGCCCCAUGGUCAUGAGCCAGGGAUUAAACCAAGGAGUUUUGGGUCCAGGGGUGGCUGGAAUGGGGGCGUUUGGGCCAGGCCCCGGGGGUCCGGGCCUAGGGACUGGUGGGGGGUCUGGACCCUACGGACCUGGGGGUGUUGGUAGUCAGACGCAGGGCUACCAAAGGACAGCCAAUCAAGACAUGUCAUCCUAUGGAUAUGGGGGCGGGCCCUCCAGUGGAGGAGCCUUUGGAUUGGGGGAUGGAUCAGGAGCAGAGCUGGACUCGAGUGAUGGUUGGAUGGAGGAGUUUUUCCCCAGCCAAUAGCCUAAAAGAAAACUGGAGACGAGUUUUGACUGGAUGAACUAAACAUUUCAAGAUGCAAAUGUUGUCCAAUGUUAACUGUUGUCUGUGUAGAAUCUCAGUCACGCCGCAGGAGUGCAAUUGCGGCAACUUUGAUCCUUCUUGGUUGUCAAAUAUUUGUUUUCCCAAAAGGAUUCUUCUGUUAGGAACCUUAGGUGCAGAGCUUCCUACAUUUGUCUCUUUGAGGUUAUCACAUACACAGGGUUGGAAUCGAAUGUGGCAAGCUUUGGGUGAGAGAUCUUAUGACAUAACCUCCUCGUCUCUUUGAACAGGACCUUUCUGGUUGGACCUAAAGCAUAUGGCUUUUUUCAAUAUUUUGACACAAGGGUCCUUCACUUUGGACAGCAGACUCUGGACCCAAAAAGGAUGCCCUCCUAAGUUGGGCCAUGCCUUUGUGUAGCUAGCACCGCAUAAGCAUUUCACUAGAGCGACAAAUAUGGCAACUCUGCACCUAAGAUCUAGAAGUAAAGAAGCCUUUUGAAUUCAAGGUGAAAACAUCCAGAUACCAAUUCAGAGUUCCUGUGUUGGGCGCGUGUAUGUGCACUGAGAAAUCAUUUUGUCUUGUGCAAGAGCGUUUUGAGCCGUAGCUUCAGCACAUCAGACUGAUGGAAGGGAAGAAAAAGUUGCCCUCAAGACAGCAGUUUAUUUGUGUUUGUGCCACCCAGCUCAGUGCUUCACAUCUCUCUACUGUGUGAGGAGCUGAGAGAGAGUCCAAAGUACUCUCAAUCCUGCCAUUUCCUGUCUUCAAAAUGUGCCCCCCAUACACACUCCAACACGCACCAAUAAUUCUCCCUCCAUCUCACGCUCGCUCUUUCCAUUUGAUCUAUUUGUUGCCCCCCCACACAUCCUUCCCACCCUUUCUCCAGAGAAUCAUUCCUUGCUCUCAACACUCCUUUCGCUGUUGAAAUUGUGAACAUCACAACAGAACAAAUGAUGUUCAUCUCUUUCGCCGCACAAGUGAGAGUCUCUGCCCUCGCCUGGUUUUUUUUGUUUUUUUUUUUUGCUAGGCAACUGGCUUGUUUUUUCAUUGGAGGGAAGGGGGAGGUCCUGUUUCUGUGCAUGUCUGGGGAUGACAAGCAUCCAUGUACAGUAGAAGAACACAAAGAGAACGAAGGAGCUAACAGGCAGCUAAAGCUAGCACAUGCACAUUCAGUUGUUUAAAUUGACGACACAUGAGUAAUCUGGGUUGCCGACAUGAAGCGCUCUGCCUGUGUGGCACAAAGCACAUCGCAUGCGUCGGACACAGUGAAGGCGAAAUGAUCACUGGGCACUGAAUGUAUCCAAGCACCACAAGUGACUUCUUUUAUUUAAAAAAAAAAAAGACGAAAAGUGAAAAUUGCCCCCCCAUGUUGUUUUCUUAGUUGUUGUUUGACCUCCAAAGUAUGAUGCUGGUUAAUGUCUUUCUCAUUUAAAACAAAAAACAAAAAAACAACCAAGUUGAAAUUGGCCUUAUUUAAUUUGACUUGUCUUUUAGAAAUCUUUUUGUCCUCUUCUUGCACCACAGCCUUUUCUUCCAUCCCGUCACAUCCGUUUGCUACCUUGUGGCUUUCCUUCACUACCGCGCGCUGCAAUGAAACAAAUGCGCUCCGACUUAAUGGUGUCAUACUAUAAACCUACUGUGAAGAAUUAUGUUGUCCCCUCUCUGGUGCUUUACUAGAAAAAUAAACCACUGCUAAACCUUUGGGAUUUAUUCAUUAGAUUCCGUGAUUGCUUGUUCUGCCAUCUCGUAGAGCGUCGUACAGUUUAUGAGCUUCCCAGGUGAGAAGCCUGAAAUUUCCAUCUCUUUUAGGGUUUGAAAAUCAACAACAACAUGUCGAAAAGUGUCAAUGCUUUUAGGGAUCUUACCUCCUCCUUCCAUAAUUGUAUAAUUUUGUGGCUGUGCGUUAUUGUGUCGUCAGCUCAUCGGUGUGAAUGUUUGGAGGAUGACGCCGUAGUUAACAAACCAAAAAGCCUUCUUCCCUGUAAAGGAACUCCAUGCCCAUUACUGCUUUUGUUUUCAUGGUUGUUGGUAUUGUGUGAUCCGACCCUUUAAAUAAACACCCUAGAAGAGCUGGUGACUUUUUUUAAUACCUGCAAAUGAGGUUGUGUUUUAUUUUUGUCAUUGUUUGGGGAGUUGAAGUUCUCCAUUUGUCUAUACCGAGUUUGACAAUUGGUUUAUUUUGUAGCAAUUUUAUGAGGACAUUAAAACAAAGCCUUUACUUGAGCCUUUCUUGUGAAAAGUAGUCAAACUUCAGUGUUGGUGUCCAAAACUUUGCAAAGAACUCCAAGUAGGCUUCAAUGACAAAUAAACCAACACUGUCAGAGCACUAAAGUAGGUUGGCCUUUGUGAGGUGGUGAAGCGCUCCUGCGUCACUCUUAGGGUUAGUCUUGUCUUCUUUAAAGUGAAGGUUCAUCCUGACUUUGUUUAUUCGCUUCAGCAAAACAAACUUCCUGCAAUUAUCAUUGUGUUCUGGGACCAAGUCUGUAGACAACAUUUUAACAAAACAAAACAAAACAAAAAAACUAUUGUUAAUGUUUAGUUUUGUGUUUGUUUGUUUGUUUGUUUGUUUGUUUGUUUGUUUGUUUUUUUACUGGUGCUGACAUACAGUAUGUGAUUAUAAGAAAAAAAUCUAUAUAUAUAUAUAUAUAAGAUAAUGGCUAUUUGUAAAUAUGUUUUUACAGGUUUAAUUACAUCAGAUAACAGAACAGUCUCUACUCUGUAAAGAAUUACUGUUUGUUGGCCAAUAUAGAGAAGUAUUUUUAAUUUAGACUUUUUUUGUUUCAUGAUUAACCCAUCUGAGCUAUGCCAUUGCACUUCAGACAAUGUCUUACUACUAAUUUCUAUUGUAAACCUCCUUUUUUUUUGUUUAUUUAGUUUGAGAGUUGACUGUUCUUAAGCAGUGCUUAUUUCUUUUUACUCUGUACAGAACUCUGAAACUGUAACAAAACAGAAUUACAAAAACUUUUUUGUUUUUAAAAUAUAAUAAAGAGAAUGUUCUCGCUGAUCAUAA